GUCUCCGCCUGCCCUAGUGCUCUUAUGCGGGGGAGGAGCCGAGACCCUGAGCAGCAGCGGUGGUGGUGGCGUCCGAAGGUCCGUCAGCUCUGCAGCUCCGAGCGCGCGACUGGCCGGGAAGGUCUACACCAGUCACUGAAACGCUACCUCAGGCCUUAGAAGACAGUGAAACUAACUUUAAAGUGCCCCUGUCCCUCUGUUACCUGCUGAAGGAAAACUAGAUCUCCUUAUUCUGUAGUUCUGAACUGGGAGCGAGAGCCUUUGCACCUGCAUCCCAGCUCUGUUGGAAACUGUGAGUCAGCCAUGGGUCAGGAACCUAGCAAGCCUGUUCGGCCCAAACCAGCAGGAGGGUAUCGGUCUGGUGUAGGCAGGAGUUAUCGAAGGAGGCAUGCUUAUGUCAGUUUCAGGCCAUCCACGAGCCAGCAAGAAAGAAUUGCCAGCCAGAGAAGGACAACAUCCGAAGUCCCAAUGCACAGAUCAGCCCCCAGUCAAACCAAGAGGAGCCGGUCACCAUUUGCCAGCACCCGUCGUCGUUGGGAUGACAAUGAGAGCUCUGGAACCAGCUUGAAUGUUGAGAAUGAGGAUUACUCCAGGUAUCCUCCAAGAGAGUACAGGGCCUCGGGGAGCCGAAGAGGAUUGGCUUAUGGACAUAUUGACACUUUGGGGGCACGUGACAGUGAGGAGGAGGGGGCUGGGCCUGUUGACAGACUGCCAGUGAGAGGGAAAACUGGCAAGUUUAAGGAUGAUCCAGAGAAGGGGGCAAGGUCUCCCCGCUUCUCUAGUGUUAACCAUGAUGUGAAAGAGGAGCUUGGCAAGGUAGAACCGCCCCCUGCUGCCAGGUGCUCUGCUAGCAGGGCUGAGUUCUUGAAGCAGAAUGGCAUGGCUUCUCAGACGGCUUCUGCUGAAGGCAGGGCGGCUGCAAAAGGUAACAGCAGCUUGGAGAGGGAGAGGCAGAAUUUACCAGCACGUCCUGGCAGGGCUCCUGUGAGUAUUGGUGGUGCUGGGGAGAACACCCCAAAGAGUGCAGAGGAACCGGUGGUGAGACCAAAAAUCCGGAAUGUGGCGACUCCCAACUGCGUGAAACCAAAAAUAUUUUUUGAUACUGACGAUGAUGAUGAUGUACCACACAGUACUUCCAGGUGGAGAGAUGCUGCCGACGCUGAUGCUGAGGAAGCCCACGCAGAGGGCCCAGCAAGAAGAGCCCGAGGUGAGGGUGCAGGCAGCUCCUCUGAGCCAAAGUAUCCCGAAGACAAGAAGGAGAACAGGAAUGGGCAGGGGAAACCAGAGAAAACGUCAAGACGUCGACGAACCAUGGCUGACCCUGACUUCUGGGCGUACACUGAUGAUUACUACCGAUACUAUGAAGAAGACUCCGACAGUGACAAGGAGUGGAUGACUGCUCUGCGCCGGAAGUAUCGAAGUCGGGAACAACCCCAGUCUUCCAGUGGGGAGAGCUGGGAGCCUCUGCCAGGAAAGGAAGAAGGGGAAGCUCACCAAGCUGGAGGGGGUGUGAACACCAGCGGAGCUGGGAGCCUUGCCAGUACCAGUGCUGGCAGCAAUGGCAGCAGCUAUCCUGGAGAAGUACAGGAUCCGUCCCUUCAGGAAGAAGAGCAGGCCUCUCUGGAAGAAGGAGAAAUCCCUUGGCUCCGGUACAAUGAGAAUGAAAGCAGCAGUGAGGGGGAUAAUGAGUCCAGCCAUGAGCUGAUACAGCCCGCGAUGUUCAUGCUGGAUGGCAACAACAACCUGGAAGAUGACUCCAGUGUGAGCGAAGACCUCGAAGUGGACUGGAGCCUCUUUGAUGGCUUUGCCGAUGGCUUGGGAGUGGCGGAAGCCAUCUCCUAUGUGGAUCCUCAGUUCCUCACCUACAUGGCUCUCGAAGAGCGCCUGGCCCAGGCAAUGGAGACGGCCCUUGCGCACUUGGAGUCUCUCGCUGUUGAUGUCGAGGUGGCUAACCCACCAGCGAGCAAAGAGAGCAUUGAUGCGCUUCCCGAGAUCCUGGUCACUGAAGAUCAUGGUGCAGUGGGCCAAGAAAUGUGCUGUCCAAUCUGCUGCAGUGAAUAUGUGAAGGGGGAGGUGGCCACUGAGCUCCCGUGCCACCACUAUUUCCACAAGCCAUGUGUGUCCAUCUGGCUUCAGAAGUCCGGCACCUGCCCAGUGUGCCGCUGCAUGUUCCCUCCCCCACUCUAAGGCCAAGGCUCUCUACUCUUAGCCUGGUUAUUUUCCCUAUCCCAAACCCACAAUACUACAGGAGCCCUCUUUCAAAAUUAACAGUGGCAAUGAAGUCUGUCAGUCAAUUAGACUAAACUUGUUGAUUCCUUGUGAUUAUUUCCAAUGUGAAAAUGGUUGUGUACAAUUACAUUUAAAAAUCAUCCUUUCUUUUAGAAGGUAGAAAGGGGAAACUAAACUUUCUAAAUGCUACUUGAGAUUGCAGCCAGAACCUACAUUUUCUAACCUGAAAGUUGAAACACAUCAUAUUUGUUCUGUAGACUCUGUUGCUCUUGUUGAUGUCAAGUUUAUCUGUUAACUACGUUGGAAAGACAAAAUCACUUUUGUUGCAUGUUAUGGGUUAAUGUCCCUGUAUUUGCAGUGGUGUAAAAGCUUAUUAAAGUUUUUCUUUUGGUUUGACACAGUACAA